UACAAGAAAAAAAAAAAAAACACUUUCAGCUAGAAAAAGUUAGAUGCAGUAAUUGAACGGCUAAGGUUACGAGAUUCUUUGAUCAAACAAACGGGUAUAAAAAAGAAACUGAGAUUAGGCCCACCAAAUUCGGGUUUUAGCCAAUUAAAUCUUCUUUCCUUUUUCUCUCCUCUUUAGGAAUCUAUCGUGGAAGCAACGCGUGUACUUCUCAGGCUCGUUAGUUGCCCAUAACAUAUAAAGACUCUUUAAUUUUCCUACUCAAUCUGACCCAACGGACAGAAACUUUUCUGUUUCUGUUAUUUUCUUGGCCUUUCUUGCUUCUUUUACUGUUCUUUAUAGGAGAAAUCUGUUUUCUUUUUUCUCUAUAUUUUCUGUGUCUUGAAGGUGUUUGUUGAAAUGGGUAAGAAAGGUGAAGAAAGAGGGAUGGGGAUGUUCUUUGAUGGGAUUAUAGAAUCCAUGCCUUUGUUUGUAAAGGAAUUGAUUGCUGGUGGUGUUGCUGGUGGGCUUGCAAAGACCGCCGUUGCUCCGCUUGAGCGUGUCAAGAUUUUGUUUCAGACAAGAAGAGCGGAAUUUCACAGCGUAGGCCUUUUUGGAUCAUUCAAAAAGAUUGCAAAAACCGAAGGAGUAAUGGGUUUUUACAGAGGGAAUGGUGCUAGUGUUGCUCGAAUAGUUCCCUAUGCCGCACUUCAUUACAUGACUUACGAACAGUACCGAAGAUGGAUCAUCGACAGUUUUCCCGGCAUUGGAAGAGGCCCUGUGCUUGAUCUUGUGGCUGGAUCAUUUGCUGGUGGAACUGCUGUGCUUUUUACAUAUCCUCUUGAUUUGGUUCGGACUAAGUUAGCUUAUCAGGUUGUUGGUCCACCAAAGAUUAAUGUGAAAGGUCUAGUUAAUACAGAACAAGUUUAUAAUGGCAUUCUUGAUUGUUUUUCAAAAACUUACAGAGGGUCAGGCCUCAGGGGUCUCUACCGUGGUGUCGCUCCAUCGCUUUAUGGAAUCUUCCCAUAUGCGGGUUUGAAGUUUUACUUCUACGAGGAGAUGAAACGCCAUGUCCCGGAUGAUCAGAAGAAAAAUAUAAUGGUCAAUCUGGUGUGUGGAUCAGUAGCUGGUUUAUUGGGACAAACUUUCACAUAUCCUCUUGAUGUUGUGAGGAGGCAAAUGCAGGUCCAAAGGCUCUUGGCAUCCAAUAGUCCUGAGUUGAAAGGAACAAUGGAAACACUCGUUAUGAUAGCUAAAAAUCAAGGCUGGAAGCAAUUAUUUUCAGGGCUGAGUAUCAACUACCUUAAGGUUGUACCAUCUGUGGCAAUUGGUUUUACAGUUUAUGACAUGAUGAAAUCGUACCUGAGAGUUCCAUCCCAUGAUGAAGCUGUGAUAGAAGUGGUAACAAAUAAAGGAAAUACCCAAACAUCAUCUCUCCACACUUAGGGAAAAAAAAGUAAUAUUCAUCACAUUUAUUCUUUAUAUUAGCUAGCAAUGAGCUUGGCUUCAACUUUAAAAUUCUUCAUGUUACAAGUGAUCAAAUCAGGCCAUCUAACCUGUACAUUCCAUUGUUUUAAGCUCCGAAAAUAGGACAUGCAUAGGUUCAAUUCCCCACCUAAUAAAUUUGUAAGAGGUGGAGCUAGCAUAUUCUUGGAGCAGUUUCUCCAUAGAAAAAUUAGAUUCAUAAACAAUGUACAUAAUUUUGGGGUGUAAAUCCAAUAAAGAAUUUUGACUGCUGCUCUCUA